UGAAAUUUAAAAAGCAUACAGGUGUAGGUCAAGAAGAAAUAUAAUGUAAUUUGGAAAAUAUUUUAAACUCAAUGUUAAGGAAAAAUAUUAAAAUUUGUGGAAUGUGUCUAAAGCAAGACCUAGAGGGAAAAGUGUAGCCCUAGAUACUUAUAUCCAAAGAGGAAAGAAGACUGAAAAUUAAUGAACUUAGCAUUAUUUGACAUUGUUUGAACAACUUUAUUCCAAUAAAUUGGAAAAUUUAGAUGAAUUGGACAAAUUUCCAGAAAAAAAAUAACUUUCAUGAAGAAGUAGAAAGCCUGAAUAAUCCUAUAACUGUUUAGGAAAAUGAAUUUGAUGAAAUAUCUUCCCAGAAAGAAAAUUCUGGGUCUACAAGGCUUUGCUAACUAGUUCUUCAUUCAAAGGCAAAUAAGUAAUUUCAUUUUUAUACAAGUUCUUACACAGCAUGAAAAAAGAGGGAGUACUCCCUAAAUUCAUUUUGAGUUACCUUGAUAACUUGAGGUCAGUAACAGAAAGGAAAAUGAAAGCCCAAUCAUGAACAUAAAUUUAAAACUCCCAAACAAAAUAUUAGCAAGCUCAAUCUAGUAAUAUGUAAAAUGAUAAUAAAUCAUGACCCAAUUUGGUUUUUCCCAAAAAGAAUUGUUUUACUAUAAGAAAAUUAAACGAACACAAUUAGAAUGAAUUAGAUACGCUAUUAAGGUAAUUAACCAUAUUAAGAGGUUAAUAUGUUCCUUAGGCUGGUAAAGAUGUCUACAUCAAAAAAAAAAAAAAAAAAAAAACUACAUUAAAAAAAACUAACAGAUAAAGCAAAAGUACUGAAAUUAGCAAAUACUGUCUUGGACAGUGAUUGUGGUAUUAUAAAUUGGAAUAACUACUUUGGAAAUUUCAAUUUAUUGAAUGAAUGGGUGAAAGAUGGGUUUAAGGAAAGCAAAAAGUGUUUUCCAAGAUUUCUAUUUGAGGAGAUGUGUUUGCAAGUAAUUUGGACGCAUGUUAACAAUCUUUUUUCUUUUUUUAAUGUUGUGGCCUUUGUUAAGUCUGGCGGUCAGAAAAAGAAAAUCACCAAAGCUGAGCGACUGAAGCAGCUACAAGAGGAGGAAGAGAAACGACUGAAAGAGGAAGAGGAAGCUCGUUUAAAACACGAAAAAGAACAACUGGAAAAGCUUGAAAUAAAACGAAAGGAAAAAGAAAAAUGGCAACAGCUCGAAGCAAAAGAUCUAGAAAGGAGACAUGAAGAACUUGAAGAACUGUGUUUUUUAGAAUGUUGUUAUCCUAAAGCAGAGAAAUUGAAACGAGACAUUAGAUUAGUUUCUCAGUGGAAACACUACAUUCAAUGUGAUGGGAGCCCUGAUCCUUCAAUACCACAAGAAAUUAAUACUUUCAUUAGUUUGUGGAAAGAGGAAAUAAAUGAGACUUUUGAGGAAGUGAUUAAGAAGGGUAAACUAGUGCUCAAUUUAAUUGAGAAAUUGAAAUUCAUUUUGUUGGAAACUCCAUCAUAUGAUUUGCAAGAUAAAACUAUAAAACAGUACCAAGGAUCAAUUCUGGAACUGCAGGAGCUACUUAACCUGAAGUUUAACAUAGCCACAGAAAUACUUCUCAGACAAGCUAGUACUCUAGCAGAUCUGGACAGUGGAAAUAUGGAAAAAAUCAUUAAAGAUGAAUAUGUUACUCUUUAUGUGUGGGCAAACCUCAAGAAGAAUCCAAGGUACAGAAGUGUCAGAUUCUCUGAAACACAGAUUGGAUUUGAAAUUCCAAGGAUAUUAGCAACAAGUGAUAUUGCUCUACGGCUUUUGCAUACUCGAUAUGAUCAUGUUACUCCACUGUGCUCUGUUCCGGCACCACUGGAUGUGGCACAAACUCCCACAGUAACGGAGCCUGUCAGAGCUGAAGAUAAAAGUGCUGUGGAACCAUUGGCCAGCAAAGAGGUACAAGAAGGGUCUAAACAGGAAAAUGGGUCUGUCUCAGUUGAUGAGGAAGAAGUAAAAGUUGAGGAAGAAGGUGAUGUUGAAGAACAAAAGAGUACUGUCGAGGAGGAACUUGAAGCCACUAAAUAUCAAAUGGAGAUGAAAUUAUUAAGUGAAACAGUUUUAGCAGCACAGUUGUUGCUGGUAGAGAAUGCUUGUGAAAAACCAGAAUUCUUCGAAGAUCAUGAGGUUGAUUUAUGCCAAUUCACAAUUCUGGGUGGAGUGUACCAUUUGGAUAUUUUGAAGCUUCCCCCACAGUGUAAACCAGUAAAGGGCUGGAUGAUUGUGGAAAUACCCAAAGAAGGAUUACAGAAAUAUAUAUAUCCCCCAGAAACUACAGAAGACUUCGAAACAGAAAAUGCAUUUCCACCUAUAGAGGUCAUGCUUCAGGUUCAUGAAAAUGUAAUAUUUUUUGAAAAUCCUAUGGUUGCAAGGUGGGACCUUGAAGGUAAAUAUUGGAGAACUGAUGGCAUUAGCAAUAUAUCUUACAAGUCAGAAGAAAGACUUAUAACAUUCAGCCUAGAAACUUUUGGCCCUGUUACCUUGAUUCAAGAUACUCAUAUUAACAUGCCAUACCAGUCUUGGGAACUAAGACCACUUCAAGAAAAUGAAGUACUUUUGACUGUGACUACAGUAUUUACUGAGAUUCAAAUACAAAUUAAGGAAAACCUCUGCAUGUUAGCUUCAGUUAAACUGAAAAACAAAGAGCAUUCCUGUAUUUUGCAAGGAAAAUGGAUGGCUCCUAUUACUUUCAUUAUUGCUUUGAAAGAAGUUGGAUUGAAUGUCUUCCCUACUGGACACUCUCAUUUUUAUGUUGUUAUAAACAAUAAAGUUCCUUUGGUAGAAAUGAAAGCUUAUCGACAAAUGGCCCUGCUAAGUUCUUCUUUUGCAUUUGGUUGGAGCAGGUGGAAUCUACGAUGUGAUUCUGACAAAGUUAUUUUUAAGGUGACAGAACACCUUACCAAAGAAUCUAUUCCACAUUCCAAUUGGGUCCUUUUAAUGUUCAGUGGUGAUAGAGCACAAAGACUCAAGAUCAAUGAAGACAGUGAGGUAUACUCUGAAGCAAUUAAAGAUGAAACUGAGUUACAUUCUACUCUGUUUCACUUGGUUAAGGAUUUUUCUUCUGUAGAAGGAAUAGAGAAAAUUAGGAGUGCCAACUGCCAGUUUAUUGAUUCUGUAUGCCAAAUGCUAUUCUCUACUAGAUUACUUAGCUAUUCUUAAUUCCCACUGAUAAAUUUUUUUCAGCGUGAAGAAUCAAGCAACUCGAAAAAAAAAAAAUCAGGUUAUUUCCUCAAUAAAGUGUACUGAGAAUACACUGUUAAAAUGUGUAACUGGCAUUUUACUCUCAAACUUUAUUUUAAACGAAGCGCUUAAGCUAUUUCCCUACUAAUGCUUGAGCUAUCGAGAAUUUCAGUUUUCACUUUAUGAAGAUUUGAAUGGUAUUUUAUUUCAAUAACAUUUAACAAACAAAACAAUAUAUAAUAUUUCUUCCUUGAAAAGCUCAUUAAAAAGAUUAUGGGCAGGCUUCUUCCCCAUUGAAUUUCAGUUGGGGAGGUAAUUGCAAAAAGAAGGGUAUGUAAAAUAUCUUAGUCAGGCUGAGAACCUCUGGUUCCCUGCUAAAAAUAACUACGAAGUUCAGAUUCUGAAACUUUACUAGGAUGUGCUACAGUCACACGGGCGGUGGUCCAUUGUGUUGAAGUCUGGUAAAUGGCCACAGGGCAUGUUCUAGAGACAUCCAGGAGUCCCCAUUCUGUGUGGGAGCUGCAUCCACAGCCUUUUGGAAAAAUCGGCCUGUAAGGAAACUCAUCAAAGCUGCAAAGAGUACAAUGAAUGCAACAGAAAUCCAGAGUGGCUUAUUAGCUUUUCUGAUGGAAGUCUUGAGAUUUGUUGCCCAGGAAGAUACUGUGUCAUAACUAUAAGGAAAAAACAAAUACAAAAUUUGGUAAUCCCAAUAACUUCUUACUGUAAACACCCCCUUUGCUAACAAUACUAAUCAAGUCAUUGGUCUGCAUUAUAAAUAUUAGAUAGAAAAAUCAUUAUGGUUUGGGCUACAAUGUGUCCUCUUAUAAAUAUUAGAAUUAAAGAAAUGUAUAAUGAGAAUCUGAAAAUAACGUAUGUAGCCAUUAUUUAUCUCAUUCUUUCAUUCAGUUAAGGCAACUGAUAAUCCUAUAGUAGAACUAAAAAUACUACUUUCUGGGUGGAGGGGGAUUCAUAUGUACAUACAUAUAUGCAUAAAUAUGUCACUUAUUUCUCACCUUAUUAAACUUUUUUUUGUUUAAGAAACACCCAUACAAAAAACACAGCUUUUUACAGCAUCAUUUAGGUCUUUGAAAAUACUUAACUCUGCUGGACAAUGUACUAAGCACUUUCCAUAUGCUAAUUCAUUUAAUCAUGACAGUUAUAGUGGCAUAGGUACUAUUUUCAUCCCUAUUUCCUAGAGGAAGAAAUUGGUGCUCAGAAAUGGAUGGACUUGGUCAGGUGACACACUAGUUAGAGGGCUGGUAUUUGAGCCUAGGCUGUCUGGCCACAGAACUAAGUUAAAACUCCUGCCACUCAGAACACACAGUCAGGGGCAACUACUAUAGACCAUAUGACAUUUGUUAUUUAUCUUAAAUUUAACAAUUUGAUAGGUCUUUUACUAAUUUGAUUAAGAUUAAUACUGUUAACCCUGCUUUACCCUUCCUUCCCCACUCCACCAAAAUGGUAUUAUUUAAGCAAGUAGACAACGUACACUGAAGAAAUAUCCCAUUUUGAUGGAUUAUUUCUCUUUUCAGAAACACUUGGCUUCCUUGUCCUUUCUACUGUUUCUUCUCCAGGUGGUUCUGAGUCAUCUUUACUUCUGUAAAUAAAUUUUGUUUUUCAGUAUUUGAAACUAAGAAUAAUGUGCUAUAUUUACUUGUAUAGUAAAAUAUAACAUUUUAUAACUCGA